CUCAGUCAAGCUGAAGUGAAAACGAGACCAAGGUCUAGCUCUACUGUUGGUACUUAUGAGAUCCAGUCCUGGCAACAUGGAGAGGAUUGUCAUCUGUCUGAUGGUCAUCUUCUUGGGGACACUGGUCCACAAAUCAAGCUCUCAAGGUCAAGAUCGCCACAUGAUUAGAAUGCGUCAACUUAUAGAUAUUGUUGAUCAGCUGAAAAAUUAUGUGAAUGACUUGGUCCCUGAAUUUCUGCCAGCUCCAGAAGAUGUAGAGACAAACUGUGAGUGGUCAGCUUUUUCCUGUUUUCAGAAGGCCCAACUAAAGUCAGCAAAUACAGGAAACAAUGAAAGGAUAAUCAAUGUAUCAAUUAAAAAGCUGAAGAGGAAACCACCUUCCACAAAUGCAGGGAGAAGACAGAAACACAGACUAACAUGCCCUUCAUGUGAUUCUUAUGAGAAAAAACCACCCAAAGAAUUCCUAGAAAGAUUCAAAUCACUUCUCCAAAAGAUGAUUCAUCAGCAUCUGUCCUCUAGAACACACGGAAGUGAAGAUUCCUGAGGAUCUAACUUGCAGUUGGACACUAUGUCACAUACUCUAAUAUAGUAGUGAAACUCAUUUCUUUGUAUUCCAAGUGGAGGAGUACAAUAUAUUAGCGAUGGGAAAAAAAAAACUCAUAAGUGUGUAAAGUCAGGAUUAUUUCCCCAUAAUCACUAUACAAUAGUCUGAUUUCCUAUGUUAUUGAUUUCUAUGACUUCUGAAGUUUUUACUUUAUCUCACUGCCCAACUUUGACAUUUCUUGGUUGAAGGAGAAGGCUAAAAUUUUUAACCAAAAAUACAGUUUUGACAUCUAUUGAUUUUAUAUUAACCUUGAGCUUGAUUACCACCAGAAUGAGGUCUAUUAUGAUCAUAACUUAAAACAUAUAUACCUCAUUCCAGCUGAUAACAUAGAAGCAUAGAAGCAAAAUAUAUAAAAGCAAAAUGAAAAGUUGACAUCUUUAUUCUUUUAAGGAAAUGAAAACUGAGUGUUUAAAAACUUAUAUCUGAAUAGUUUUUUAAAUCUCAGAAUGUCUAACAUAUAAAUAUAUAAUUUAUUUAUGCACCGGGGGAUACUAGAUGGCUAUAAAAGACUUACUUCUUUAUUGGGGUUUAUAAAAAUAUUUAAAUACUAUAGAUAUGAAUGUAUUUAUGGAAUAGGCUCUUAGUCAGUGGCAAUAGAGUAUUAAGAAGUGGAUUUAAUAUUACCUUCCUCCAGCCCCCAGUCCCCUUAUAAGCUAACAUUUUAAGCUUGUGGAAAUGGCAAUUUAAACCUAUAGAGGGACAUAUGCCAGGUUGUCUUCUGGAACCAAACAUAGUUUUAAAAGUAUUGUAGCUCUCUUCUCAAACUGUUAUAAUGAUCAUAUUAUGAGCAAGCUAGUAACUCCAAAUAUUUGUCUCCUUCUUUCUUCUUUCGUUUCUUUUCUUCCUUCUUUUUAAAAUGAAACUUCUGCUUUGUCAAAAUUUCACAACAUGUUUAACAUUUUGGACACUUAUAGUUACUAUACUUUGGAUAAGACAAAUUCAAUCACCUAUAUAAUUUAAAAAUCAGGAGACAAACCAAGAGGCCAGGACUCCUGUCCAAGUUGAAAACAGACUUUCGCAUAAGCAUUCCAAUCUUUCAGACUUGGGUAGUAAAAACAAGCAACCUACUCUACCUGCCAUUUCAUAUCAACUCCAGCACAGCUUGUUUAAACAUGAAGUUAAAAACUCUAGAAAAGUAAAAUGUUCGCUAGAAUGAUAUAAGCUAUUUGAGAAUCUCUUAUUGUUAAAAUAGUUGUGAGUAUGCAAGAGGAUGUGGGAUGAGAAAUGCUUUAUGCUCUGAGAAGAAAAAUUAUGUGCUUAAAACAAAUACAGACUUAACCUACAGUUCUAAAAGAUAUAUUAAGAAUUAUUUAAUCAAAUCUCAAUGAAAUGUUUUAUCAUCAGCAAGUAGACUCAGGAAAAAGAAAAAAAAAUUUAUCAUCAGAAACAAGGUACUCUGUUUUAACAUUUUAGAAUAUGUAUGACAAAGGAAUUAUGUGCCUGAUGAUGAUAAUAUAUAUCUAAUAUGUGCCUCAGUUUCAAAUACGCCAGCCCGGGCUGUUGUGACAAAAUGUGGAAGCAGGCACAAAGAUAGUGAGAAAGAUGGAAUCUGUAUUUCUUGUUUCUGAAUGUAUAGCUAUUAACUUCUUGGAUAUUGUAUUUUAUAUUUAAAAUAAUGUAUUUCUUUUGGCAUGUUUAUUGUUAAAAAUUUCUGUUCCAAUUAUUUUGAUGAGGGUCUCUAUCUUAAAAGUAAAAAUAAUUUAGUGAGGGUUUGGCUAAGAGCCUUCAUUAAACAGAGUUUAAACACCCAGAUAAACUCUGCUGUUUAACCAGAGUUAAACCCACCAGCACUCCAGGAAAGGCAAUGCAUUGGAAUAAACAAGAUGAAGCAGUGAGACUUGAACAGCUCCAUCUUCACUGCUCUAUGUUCAAGACGGCCAGUUCUUAAAAGGAAUAUAAAGAUAACCCAUAAAUACAACUGUUCAUCUAUGGACAGUAAUACAGGAGACGUGAAAUUUUGUUGACUAUGAAAUAGUGGUCACUGUUUAAACUCUUUGGGUUUCCAUUUCUUUAUCUGUAGAAUGAGAGUGCUGGACUCAAUCUCUAAUGUCUAUUCUUUCUUUUUUAAAGCUUUACAUGUCUAUGAAUAUCUAAAGUUCUGGGUAUUCUUACAGAAACAUCUGAUCAUACUUCUGAGUAAAACUUUCUACUGAGUCUGAUGUUCAGUUGCUCAGGAUUAUUUCAAUAACAUUUGUAGCAACACUCACUGCAGGAACAAGGGACAUACUCCAAGAAAAAAAAAGGAAGGAAGGAAGGAAGGGAGAAAAGGAAACAUUAUUAUAGGUCAUGAGAGUUCACGGAAAAUUAAUCAUGAUCUUUAUUAUUUUAGUUCAAAGUGUCUUCUUGGGACACUUGUAUAAAAUUGUAGCAUUAUUAUUCUAUAUUAUUGCUCUGUUGUAUUUACAUAUGCAUCUGAGAAUUUAGCUAAUAUGAACUAUGUAGUUUAUAACUUAAUAAUUAUUUAUUAUAUAUUUGAUUUUAAAUGUUCAUGUUUAUGGCUUCUUAUUUAAGACCUGAUCAUAUUAAAUACUACCCGCCCAGUA